CCGCAACUCAAACCCUAGCUCAGAUCCCCCAUCGCACCCCUCCUCCCUCGUCCCCAUCUCCUCGCCGCCGCCGCCACCCACUCCUAGUAGCCAACCUACGGCGCCAGAUGCCGCCCGAUUCCUCCACCCUCCGAUGGCGCCCGAUGCCCUCUCCUCCGCUUCAUCCUCCCCUUGGACUAGAUCCGGCGCGCACGUCCCACACAUCGACCAUGCCCUCCCACCCACACAUCGCCGCCGCCACCCACCGUCCCUUCUGACCUCGUCGCCUCCACCCAAGCCCCGUCUGACCUCGUCGCCGGCCGCCGCUCCCGCUCCCCCUCACCCCCACACACCCACACACCAGGGCUGCGAUCUAGACCUCUGUCUGCAUGAGGGGACGGAUGCUUCUCGUCCUCGUCCCACCUCAGGCGCCAAAUCGAGCCGGACUCGCGUCGUCAUCAAGAGCCGACCUCGACGGAGAUGAGAGGAACCCUUCUUCCUCCGUCUUCCUUCGACCUCGACCUCGGCAUGUCGACCUCGGUCCAUGACAUCUCGCUGAACCACUACUGGAUGUGGCGUCGACGAAGCACUACACCUGGCUUGCUUGCCGGCGCGCGUGUGCAUGCUUCGAUGCGCGGCGCUUCGUCUAGCUGGACGGACCGCGGCAAUCGCUGGAGCCAGAGCCGGAGUAGGAGACAAGAUGUUGCUGCUGCGGCUGUGUCUUCGGAGGCAGCAGCUGCCCCUCGCCGACCUCACCAACCUUCGGCGUCCGCCGUGAGCUCCGCGCAGAACGCCUUCUACAUCGUCCGGGAGGAGAUCCAGGGCUCGGCAAUCCCCCCAUCCCCGUCCGCCCUCGCGCCCUCCCUUGUGCCCCUUUCUCUUCCUCUAGUUGCGAAUUUUGGUAUGCUGCCACUGUUUAUUUGGCUGCGCUGUGGCGUACUGUCAGCUGAAAACUGCUUCUGUAUUUUCUACUCCAGUACUGUAUGGAGUAGUAUAUAAGGACGUCUUACUGUAAAAUGGCUGAGGCAGUGCUAGCUUGGUAGUUAGUACUAGCUGAGAAAAUUCAUGAUGCUAGCUGGGAGCAAAACAUUUAUAGGCUUAGUUGUUGUAUUGGUUGUGUUGUUGUAUGGGAGUUUGCGAGGGAUGUUCUAUAGAGCUCUGCAACUGCUAUUCUUUGUCUGUAAUCUAUGUACUCUUAUAGUUGAGAAAGUCGAGUAGUUA